ACUUGUCAAUCAAACCGACAAAAGCCAAAAAAAGACGUUCUGUUGACAAGUUCACGAAAUCAUUUUCAAAAAAAUCCUUCUCCCCCAUCAACAAAACAAACUAGCAAACAUGCAUGACAAGACCUGCCCCAAGUGCGGAGCUGCUUCCGAUGGCAGCUCCAAGACGUGCGGCUCGUGCGGAGCUGUAAGUCACAGGCGGAACCUGUUUAUUGCUGCUUACGCCCUCGAACAAAGACAAAAGAAAACACAUAAAAGCCCAUGUUGGCUGAAUGCCCUUCUGUCAUCUAUACCCCAAGAGCUUACUUCUUUCUUUCAGAGAACUGACCAAAUUACCUGCGUUUUGUGAAAUAGAGCUGUCCCGUCUAAGAUCUGUUCGAGCAUCUACGAUCAUCACCACCUUCGGUUUAAUCCAAUUUUCUCGUGACACUCUGUUUUCACAAGUAAACGGAGGGUAACGUCAGAAUACGGAUCUCAGACUUUCGGUGUGGCAAUUUGGGGGGCUUUUCUUUUGGG